CCACACUGAGCUGAGGCGAUCGCGACGGGCCAGCGGCGGGGGAGGGGGAGGGGGUGCGCAUGCGUUACUCGCAUGCGGAUAGAUUUUAUCUGCUGCGAGUUCUGCAAUAUUCAAUCUUCGACAGAGUCAUGAAUAGGAGGACAAUACACUAUUAUUUUGCAGCAAUCUACCUAUUAACGAGGCUCGCUCUUAGCGACUGCUCGUCCCUGCAAUGGAGGCUAACUGACGAUGAGUCUGCACUGUGCAACGAUUUCACUCGUGCAGGAUUCUUCGGUCGCAAGUCCAACACUGCAGCAGGUCAGAAAUGGGUGGUAUUCCUGAAAGUGGGUCGCUUUGCUACUCUAGCCAGACAUGCAAUCGCCGCUACUUCCAGUCCCACCUGAGAGACCGCUACAAUACAGACGUUAUAGGACAGAACCCUUUCGGAAAUUUCGACACAGCAGUGGCUUGGGCUGAAACUGGAGCUGCUGGACAGCCACUGACUGAAGUUGUAAACCCUCUCAUGACGUCUCCGUACUGCUUCAGAAACGAAACUCGCUUCUUCAGUGACUCUGAUAACUUGUCAGUUGAGGGAAGAGACAUUUUGAGCAGUGACUGCAGAGAUAACCCAACAUUCUGCAACCAUAGUCAUGUGCUGGUACCUUACUGUAGCAGUGAUCUGUGGCUGGGUAGUGAUGAGAGACAAGAUCAACGUUGUGACUGCUGGGACCAGGACUGCUUCAGAUACAAUCCAACAAGUGAAGAUCUCCAGUUCACAUUUCGAGGACAGACCAUUUUCCGCUCAGUACUGCAGACUCUUGACAGACUGUACAAUCUGAAGACGGCCUCAGAGAUUGUUCUGGUUGGCUCCAGUGCUGGGGGAGUGGGUGUUCUCAACUCAGCAAAGUGGGUGAGAGGCACCUUCCAGAACGUCAGUCUCAAAGUCAUCACCGACUCGUCCUGGUUCAUUGACUUUCGAGGAAGCAUUGAACAAGAAUUCGGUUCAGUUUCAGGUGGAGGUAGUUCUGCAGCACCCAACAGCUUUAGAGAUCUUCUGCAAAUAGUAGGCUCUAGUAGCAAAGCUUGCACCGACACCAGGCGGGGCUAUCCUUGCUGCCUCUCACCCGAGUGCCUUCUCACAAAGAAAAACAGGGAGACUGGAGAGUCCUACUUCCCUCAAGGUGUCUCAGUGUUUUCACUGACCAGCAUCUAUGACGUGUUUCUUCUUGCAAAUGCUCUUUCUGGACUUGUACCAGUCAGUGAUGACUUUAGUGUCGCUGGCUUAGCCCUGCAAUUCACAAUCACAGUUGGAGAGUAUGGUGGUGCCAUGAACGACUCUUUAAUAGACACUGCUGACACUGCUUCACUAUUAGACAUACACUUUAGCUAUUUCGCAACACAGUGCUUCCAGCACAUAUACCUCUCAACAUCCACCCUUCGAAGUGAGAAUGGUCUAAUUGGAGCAGAUGAGAUUCAGCUUGAUCAUACAUUUGCAAUGUUUGAACACAGAAUUGAGUCUGGUGUGUGGGGCAGAGAGAUCCUGGGCUACUACAAUGGCAAGGGGCACACUAUCAGGAGUGCAAUUGACCUCUGGUACAACCAUUCUGAAGAGAGUUUGGUCUUUCGUGACGUGUGUUCAGGGCCACACUGCAGCAAUACCUGCCCCGAGAAGAUUGCCCUGUCUCGAAAGGAGGAAGCAGAGAAUUGGUCACCCGGCGUAGAGAUUGCAAUCGCCGCUGUUGUCCUUCUUAUUGGAGUCAUCUGCCUCAUCAUGAAGAUGUACUGUUGUGUGUGGUUAGGACUGCUUCAUCACAAGCAGCGGCUAUUUCUUGCACAAACUCUGUCUCCUAAUGAUGAAGAAAUGCCAGCUGUUCCAAGACUUAGACGAGAGUUCCCCAACUGCAUUGAUGCUAAUGCCAUCUCUGUGGCCUGUCUGGACCUCCACUACUGUGUCACUGUUCGUAGGAAUGCUCAGAAAAAGUCAGAGAAGAAAGAGGCCAAGAUCUUGCCAGCAGCUCUGAGUGGGCUACAGGACAACGGAGACCUAACUGAUACCAUAGAUACCGAAGGUCAGUGUGUUGACAAAGAAUACGAAGAGGAAACAAGCCAAAAGAAAAUUGCAAAAACCAAGAAAAUUCUGACUGGGAUUUCAGCAUACUUCAAUCCUGGAGAGCUGAUAGCUAUCAUGGGUCCCUCAGGGUGUGGCAAAACGACAUUUCUGGAUAUCCUAACUGGACGUCGCAAAACUGGUACCACCAUGGGAAACAUUUUUGUCAAUGGAUGUCAAGUUGAGAAUAAUCGUAACUGGUAUAUCAGCAACACGGGGUAUGUGCUACAGCUGGCAGCUCCUUACUAUAAGGAGCUGACGGUGAGAGAGAACCUGACUCUAGCAGCAUGGGUCAAGCUCCACAUCAGCAGCAAAGAGAAGUUCCAGAGAGUGGAGCAAGUCAUGGAAGUGACUGGUUUGAUGGAUCUAGCUGACACUGUUGUAGGAGGAGCUACAGGACCAGGACUGAGUGGCGGGCAGAAACGAAGACUUGUUGUAGCUCUGCAACUGCUGAAGCUACCCAGUGUCAUCUUCCUUGAUGAACCCACCUCUGGAUUGGACUCAGCCUCUUCCACUGAACUACUGACUCAUCUGAAUUCUCUGGCAGCCUCCAAUAGAACUGUAGUGCUCACCAUCCACCAGCCAAGACUGGAGAUAUUCCACAUGUUCCACAGAAUUGUUGUCCUCACAGAUGGAAAGGUUGCCUACCAUGGAGUUCCAGAGAACGCAUACGAGGUGUUUGUUGAUGCUCUACAAUCAGCUUUUCUGAGCCAGGGAGUCAAGAUUCCACUUCUGGAGGACCAUAACCCAGCAGAUAUCAUAAUGGACAUGCUGGGAGAUAGGAAGAUGAGGAAGAUUGUCAACAGCUACUAUGAGGACAGUGGAGAGCCAAAGCUGGUCCGGAAGGCCGUGGAUGAGGCCCGGCGCAAGGAACAGAUGUUUAAUGCUGAAAAUAUCGAAAUCGACGGCCCAAAUACCUUGGCAGCCAAAUUCAAAACGCUCAGGGUGAUAGUACAGGGAAGCAGACAUGCAGGGCGCACACACAACUACUCAGUCGUCCGUCUGGCAGCCCUCGAGGCUCGGGCAAUGAAGAGAGCAAACCUUAUGACCAUUCUCUAUCUACCUAUCAUCUUCUUCGGCUAUGGAUUCCUACUGGGUACGGUGUAUUUCCAGACAAGUGAACCAUUCCUGAUCAUGUCAGGAUUCUGUGUCUACUCUGUGGCCAGCGCUCUGUUCAUGUUCCCGGCUAUGUACACUUUCUUUACGCAAGCUAUGGAGCUCUACAGAUUUGAACAUGCUGACGGGGCAGGACGGGCCACUGACCUUGUGAUCCAGCCAUUUGUCAGGUUCAUCUCAAUGGCCUUCUUCCCUGUCAUCAUCUGUGCCGGUGUCCUCUAUGUGCUUGCUGUGGAUCGUGCUCGAUGGAAUGGGAUAGAGUUCCUUCAGCUUGCUCUGGUGAACCUUGCCCUCAACCAGACCUGGACUUCGCUGCUCAUCUGGCUCAUCCUCAUAUUCCCAGUAAAGGCCUUCCGUAUCUCCCCUGUCCUCUCUGCUCUCGCUGGGUUCACCAGUGGCUUCUUCAUACCAAUCAACAAGAUCCCUUUGUGGUACCGCUGGAUGAGUUUCAUCAACCCCAACUACUACGGGUUUUCAGCCUCAGCAGUCAUACUGCUCUCUGACUUUGAGAGUGACUGUGAGAGAGAUGGUGGCUCAGAACUAGAGUGCUACACUGCUUCCGGAGACUAUACAUUGGCUAUAUUUGAUUUCAGCACUGUCAAUCCCUACCAAAAUAUCGUGAUAUUAUUAAGCAUGACCCUCUUCUUCUUGGUGAUGGCUGGAGUGAGUAACUGGGUCAGAUAUCUUGAAUUGCGCAGAAUCAGGAAGCUGUUUAAACUGACGCUCGAAAAACUCUUAAAGAUGUCCCAAGAAACACAGAAAAUUGAAGCAACACUGCAGGAAAAUGUGGAAAAUGAAAACAGUACAACAUCUUCCUCCACUGGUAUACCAGCAACACCAGGCAGAUCUCUUAAGAGACUAGAGACGUUCUACCUGAACGACGAUCAGGCAUACACUGUCUGGAAACGAGAUAUCUCGCUGCAACCAGCGCAGAACAGGAGAUGCCUUCUUGAGCGAAGAAAGCAACUACAAAAUCGAGUGUGGGCAACACAGCAGGUGCUUGGUGUCCAGAGAGCGUUCAGCUGGGAUGAAGCCAGUGGCAGUGACACCUCACCCGAUGAUAAACCGAUCAUGUGGCGAAAAGCCAUCAGGGAUGGUGCUAGAAACAUUCCAGAGAAUCUCUCAUCUGGAGUCGAGUUCCAUGACAUUAUUUCUCAGUAUGCUGCAGCAGCUCAAGUGGGAGACGGAAGCAUGACGGAUGAACGAAAGGCCAGAGUUAGAAACUCACUUCGAAAGUGGAGGCGACAAUUCUCAACAAACAGGCAACCUGCGAGCAGACCGGCUGAAAUGACUGCUAUUGAUGAAGUACAAGAGGAACUGUAG